UUCGUGCACACAAUGUGGAUGAGCCACAACAGAGGAUGCCAGCUCCGAUCAGACUGCGGGAGCUGAUCCGGACAAUCCGGACGGCUCGAACCCAGGCCGAGGAGCGAGAGAUGAUCCAGAAAGAGUGUGCUGCCAUUAGGUCAUCCUUUAGAGAAGAGGACAACACAUACCGCUGUAGAAAUGUGGCUAAGCUGCUUUAUAUGCACAUGUUGGGCUACCCGGCACACUUUGGCCAGCUGGAGUGCCUGAAACUGAUUGCAUCACAGAAAUUCACAGACAAACGGAUAGGAUACCUGGGAGCCAUGCUACUUCUGGACGAGAGGCAGGACGUUCAUCUCUUAAUGACAAACUGCAUCAAGAAUGACUUGAACCACAGUACACAGUAUGUGCAAGGACUAGCCUUAUGCACCCUGGGCUGCAUGGGCUCAUCCGAAAUGUGCCGUGACUUAGCUGGAGAAGUGGAGAAACUCCUCAAAACGUCAAACUCCUAUCUGAGGAAAAAGGCAGCACUGUGUGCGGUUCACGUCAUCCGUAAAGUCCCGGAGCUGAUGGAGAUGUUCCUGCCAGCAACAAAAAACCUGCUCAGCGAGAAAAAUCAUGGAGUUCUCCACACAUCUGUUGUCCUGCUCACUGAAAUGUGUGAGCGAAGUCCUGACAUGCUCUCUCACUUCAGGAAGAAUGAGAAGCUGGUUCCACAACUUGUACGAAUCCUGAAGAACCUGAUCAUGUCAGGCUACUCCCCUGAGCACGAUGUGUCUGGCAUCAGUGACCCUUUCCUGCAGGUGCGGAUAUUGAGGCUACUGAGAAUUCUGGGAAAGGGUGAUGAUGAUUCUAGUGAAGCUAUGAAUGACAUUCUUGCACAGGUUGCAACAAACACAGAGACGAGUAAAAAUGUAGGCAAUGCUAUCCUCUACGAAACGGUUCUUACUAUUAUGGACAUCAAAUCAGAGAGUGGACUAAGAGUUUUAGCAAUUAACAUUCUGGGACGUUUUCUUCUCAACAAUGACAAAAACAUCAGAUAUGUGGCAUUGACCUCUCUACUGAAGACUGUGCAGACAGACCACAAUGCUGUGCAGAGACAUCGAAGCACUAUUGUGGACUGCUUGAAAGACCUUGAUGUGUCCAUUAAAAGGCGUGCGAUGGAGCUGAGUUUUGCCCUGGUUAACGGCAACAACAUCCGGGGCAUGAUGAAAGAGCUUCUGUAUUUCCUGGACUCCUGUGACCCUGAUUUCAAAGCGGACUGCGCAUCAGGGAUCUUCCUGGCUGCUGAGAAGUAUGCACCCUCCAAAAGAUGGCACAUAGACACCAUUAUGAGGGUUUUGACAACGGCAGGGAGUUAUGUCCGAGAUGACUCUGUGCCCAACCUCAUCCAGCUCAUCACAAAUAGUGUAGAGAUGCAUGCCUACACUGUACAGAGACUCUACAAAGCCCUCCUGGAUGACAUCUCUCAGCAACCUCUAGUACAGGUGGCAUCCUGGUGCAUAGGAGAGUAUGGAGACCUGCUGGUCUCAGGCCAGUGUGAGGAGGAGGAACCCAUUCAGGUUUCUGAAGAUGAGGUCCUGGAUGUUUUAGAAGGUCUCCUCGUUUCUAACUUGUCCACCCCUGUAACGAGAGGUUAUUCCCUGACUGCUAUCAUGAAGCUGUCCACCCGUUUCAGCAGCCUGAAUCGAAUCAAAAAAGUGGUGUCGAUAUACGGCAGCAGCAUAGAUGUGGAGCUGCAGCAGAGAGCUGUGGAAUAUAAUGCACUUUUCAAAAAAUAUGAUCACAUGAGACCUGCAUUACUAGAGCGAAUGCCUAUUAUGGAGAAAACAGGCACUAACGGCCCAGCAGAGAUUGUCCAGACCAAUGGAGAAACAGAAUCAACCAUACUGGACACAAAACAUCUGCCCAGCAUCACUCAACCAGCCAGUCAGGCAAAUGAUUUAUUAGACCUACUUGGAGGUAAUGAUGUGGUACCUGUUAUCCAAACAACCGUUCCCACAAAGCCUGCGUCAGCUGGAGGAGAACUGCUGGAUCUGCUGGGAGACCUUUCUCUGACAGGUGGUCCGACCCCCACCCCUGCUCCCUCUGUGCCCAUGUCCCAGCCCCCUUUCCUUUUGGACGGCCUCACCUCGCAACCCCUCUUCAAUGACAUUGCAGCGGUCAUUCCGCCAAUGACGGCGUACAACAAAAACGGUCUGAAAAUUGAGUUCACAUUCGAGAGGUCCAACCCCAACCCCAAUAUUGCAGUUAUUACCAUCCACGCCACCAACUCCACCGAGGCUGACAUGACAGAAUUUGUGUUCCAGGCUGCAGUACCAAAGGUUUGUUCUUUCCCCUCUAGUAGUACUGUUUACGGAGAACUCUAGUUGGUUAACCUG